AUGCAGCUUUGCUAUGAGAAUGUGAACGGAUCUUGUACUUCCUACUUGCUUGGCUCCAGGGUGAUUCUAUACGCGGUGUUUGGCUUUGGGUCUUCUCUGGUGAUAUUUGGCAACCUCUUGGUGAUGACUUCAGUCAUUCAUUUCAAGCAGCUGCACUCCCCGGCCAAUUUCCUCAUCGCCUUUCUGGCCCGCGCUGACUUUCUGGUGGGUGUAAUCAUGAUGCCCUUCAGCCUGGUCAGGUCCAUGGAGGGCUGCUGGUACUUCGUGCCAAGUUUCUGUAUUUUGCACACGUGCUGUGAUGUGGCAUUCUGUUACUCUUCUCUCCUCCACUUGUGCCUCGUUUCCGUGGACAGGUACAUUGCAGUCACUGACCCUCUGGUCUAUCCUACCAAGUUCACGGUGUCAGUGUCCGGGGUGUACAUCUGCAUCUCCUGGAUCCUGCCCCUCGCAUAUAGCGGUGCCGUGUUCUACACAGGUGUCCACGAGGAUGGGAUGGGACAAUGUGGUUGUCAAAUUAUUGUCAAUCAAAACUCGGUUUUGGUGAAUUUUUUGUUAUUCUUCACAUGA